AUGAUUGUUCGUGUCAUUUUUAAGAAUGCCAAUCCAGGCGCCGCAAUGGACGGACUUCCUCAACUACAUUGUCUCAAAAAUUUACACAGGAAACAAUGUCCUUUCGACCAGACAGUAAUUCAAUCAGAACCAGAAGAACUAGUGGUGAACACCGCCCUAUUACAGUUGGCUGGAUACGCACCUCCAGCCCAGCCGUUCCAUCCCCCAUGCAUUAAAGCUCUUCCAGAAAACGACCGGCAGGCAUACGAUGCCAUUGUGCGUUGCCUUGAACACCUCGCCAUUUAUCUGAAACUUUGUGGUAGUGGAAGUACUAGCUUAACAGGCGGUAGGCUGUCCAGGCCGAUGCAACGUAAAUUGGUGACAUUACUACAAUGUGCAAUGACUGACGAUGAGGGGAGGGGGCGGGCAGCGCGAGCGGCUAGGUCCCUUGGCGAGAGAACUGUGACUGAACUUAUUUUGCAACAUCAAAAUCCCCAACAAUUAAGUGCAAAUUUAUGGGCUGCUGUUAGAGCGAGAGGCUGUCAGUUUCUUGGUCCAGCAAUGCAAGAGGAAGUUCUUAAAUUAGUGUUAUUAGCUCUAGAAGAUGGAUCAGCUUUAUCAAGAAAGGUUUUAGUGAUGUUUGUAGUCCAAAGAUUAGAGCCUCAUUUUCCACAGGCUUCCAAAACUAGUAUAGGCCACGUUGUGCAACUUCUAUACAGGGCGUCCUGUUUUAAGGUCUCAAAACGGGAGUGCGACUCGUCCUUGAUGCAAUUGAAGGAGGAGUUCCGUACUUACGAUUCAUUGCGUCGGGAACAUGAUGCACAGAUCGUCCAAAUAGCCACCGAAGCGGGCCUGAGGAUCGCCCCGGACCAGUGGAGCGCCCUUUUAUAUGGCGACACGGCGCAUAAGAGCCACAUGCAGAGUAUAAUUGACAAACUGCAGACCCCACAAUCGUUUGCGCAGUCUGUUCAGGAGUUGUUCAUAGCACUGCAAAGGACCGGAGACCCGGCCCAACUUGUUGUCAUGAGUAUGCAUUUGGAUCGUCUUGCAAGCAUCGACGCAAGUCCAGAUGCGAAGAGCCCGUCGUGGCAGCAGCUGGCUGAAAUGAUAAUGUCCAUCAAGGAAGUUGUGUCUGGCCUUAUACAUUAUCUGCAACAACAAGGGCGCGAUUCUAACCACAACCAAAGGCAUAUACUUCAAGAUCGUUGUUCGGAACCGUCAACAAGUCAAACGUUACAGCCCUCACCGACUCAUUUCAAACGCAACAUGCCGAUGUGUCGAGAGUCUGCUAUGAGGGCCUUCUGUCCCAAGGGCAGUGACUGCACGCUUUUACACUUCGACGAAGAGUAUGAGAGAGAGAGGUCGCGCAGCAUGGCUAACAACGUGACAAAUAGUUUGGCCAAUAAUUUGGCCAACAACAUGGCAAACAGCAUGUCCACGACGAACGGAAACUACGCGUACGUGCCGCAGAUGGGCGGCGUUCCCCAGGUGGCGUUGGCCCAGCCGCUCUACCAGUACCCGGUGGCCCCGGUGCUCCAGCACCCGCAAAUCCUCGUGGACAAUUACAGCGCACCGCCCGGCCCACAGAUGGCUGCCCCACAAAUUCGUCCAGAAAUGGUCCCCAACUCCGAGUACUCUGAUAACCAUCGGCCCGAAGUCAAUCCGUCCAUGAACAGCCACGGGAGCUCGGCGGCCGGCGGCUACGGGGCGAGGGGCCAGGUGGCGCUGGGGGUGCCGCACAACGGGGUGCUGCUGCCCGUGCCCGAGCGGCCGGUGUUCUACCAGGGGUGCCUGCCGAUCGGUGUGAGCUACCCGCUCUACCCGCCCGCGGUGCCGUACCAGCCGCGGGGGGCGUUGCCGCCGCGCGCCGGCGUGUUCUCACCGCGCCCGGAGCCGCCCAAGACCAGCCCCUACGGCUUCGAAGACAGACAGACCAAGGUGCUUUCGGACUAUCAAAUGAGUCCGUUCAGCUUUGGCCUGGAAGUGAGGGAGCCUCCAGUGGACACAUCUUGGUCGUCGGAUAACAACGUGUUUAAUUUCGACGAAGUGCGUAACGUUCUCCUCAACAUUUCGGCCGACGAUAUGUUCGCCGGCAAUGGCGACCAGCUCGCCGCCGCCGCCGACAAUCUCGUGUCGAGGAACCAAUCCGUUACAGAGUUUGCCAACAUGGCGGACGAUAAGGAACUUGAGGAGGAGCUGCAAGCGCUCGAGCGCCGUAUCGACACUGAGUUCAAGAGCGAC